GUGAGUAGGCGCACGAUGGAUCCUCUGGUGCUCAUUGCGCUGGCGUGUCUACCCAUCGUCUCGGCUGUCUACAGCGGCCCCCUGCAAGCUGAGAUCUCCAACGGCACUUUCCAUCACUUCUAUGUCCCUGACGGUGACUACGAAGAUACGGAAGACCCGGAAAAGUGCCAGAUGGUCUUCCGAUUCUCCGAUGGUUCCCCUUGCUCACUGGCUGAGGAGGAGAGCGACGCGCUGGUGCGGGAGGAUCUGAUCCUCACGCGACUUCAGGCGGAGGACUCGGCACGUCUUCUGGAGAGUAUCGGGCGGGCCGUGGCCAAUGACCUGGACGGGGAGGACACGUACGGCCGCUUCCUCCUAAGGGAGAUAUCUCAGAUCGCUGAGGCUUUCUCCGGCGUGGACAAGUCACUGGAGGAGCUGGAGGUCAAGUUCAAACAGAGCCAGGAGAGUGAGCUGAGAGAGGAGCAACAGCUUAGCGGCUUCGUGCUCAAACAAGUUGGAGACGUCAGAGACAGCCUGAGGGCCACCAAGGACAUCUCUCUGGGGCUGAGGGACAAACAAGAGCUACUGUCUCUCAUCGUUCGCAGCCACGGGAGCAGACUAAGUCGCCUAAAAACGCAAUAUCUCAAUCCGGGAUUCUAG